AUGAGGGUCUGCAUCAUGCAUGAGAUGGUGCUUGUCACGCUCUUCGCCGCGCCUGAUGCACAGGUCAACAGCUGGACGCAGCUAAGCCCAAGUGGCUCUGUGCUCAAUGCACGGACAUAUCCCGGCAUGGCCCCCGCGUCCGGCAACCAGUUCUACGUCUUCGGCGGGUUUGACGGGACCAGCCGGCUGAGGGACUUGCACCGGUAUAGCAUCUUGGCGAACUCCUGGACGGAACUGAGUCCGGGUGGCUCCGUGCCGUCCGCUCGAUCCGUUCCGGGAAUGACGUGGAGCUACACCGACGAUGAGCUCUAUGUCUUCGGCGGCGAUGCCGUCAGCCAAUUGAAUGACUUGCACCGGUAUAGCGUCUCGGCGAAUUCUUGGACGCAGCUGACCCCUGGCGGCACCGUGCCCUCCACGCGUCAAGCGCAUGGAAUGGUAUAUAGCCAGACCACUGACGGGCUUUAUGUCUUUGGCGGUUGGGGCGAUAGCCCGAUCAGAAGUUUGAACGACCUGUACCGGUACAGCAUCUCGGCGAAUAGCUGGACGCAGCUGAGCCCUGGCGGCUCCAUACCCUCUGCACGGAACGGGCACGGAAUGGCCUUUAGCCAGAUCGACAACGAGCUCUACGUCUUCGGUGGCGAAAAUGCGACCGGCUAUUUGAACGACUUGUAUCGGUACACCAUCUCCGCUGAUGCCUGGACAGCAUUGAGCCCUGGCGGAAUCGCACCCGAGGCGCGGCAGUGGCUGGGGAUGGCAUGGUGCCACGCGGAUAAUGGGGUCUACAUCUUUGGAGGCUCUGGCUACAGCGGCUAUUUGAACGACCUUCACCGAUAUGACCCGGGAGAAGACGUGUGGUCAGAAAUGGGCCCGGGCGGCACAUUGCCGACAGCACGAUACGGCCACGGAAUGGUAUGGAGCCGCACCGAUAACGGGCUCUACGUCUUCGGGGGCAAUGAUGGGAGUUAUCUUAACGACCUUCAUCGCUACGAGCCAGUGACUACCACCUCGACCACCAGUUCCGCCUCUACCACCACAAGUGAAAGCCAGACGAUCACCACCAGCUUUACCUUCACCUGCACCUCCACCUCCUCUGCGGCAAGCAAGACGGCGACCACCAGUUCUACCUUCACUUCCACCUCCACCCACACUUCCACGCAGACUUCGACGAGGGAGGUCACAACCGACGAUCCUUUUUUGAUCUUGGUUGCGGUUGCUUUGACACUUGUUGUGUUGAGUUGCUGCGGCAUUCUUGUCUAUGCUGCUGUUGCUAUCAAGGCCCGGCGACAGGCUCAGUCCCGUGUGGCUCCAGCACCUUUGAAGCCUAGCUUUCCUUCUGCAGAGCAGCAUUCAGCGACUGUUGUGCCGCGGCCAGCCCCGCAAAAUGAACAUCGAGACGCCUUGCUGACGUACAUGCGUGAAUCCGAUGUUAAACUGGUCCGAGGAGGCUUUUUCGUUGAGCAAAGCAGGAUGAACAUCCCAUUGACGAGGCGUCAGGAAACGCCGGAACACGCGUUUGUUGAGGACCCGGACACGGCUGAGACUUGGUUUGCUGUAUCUCAUGUGUGGGAAAGUCGAGAGAAUGCCGAUCCAUAUGGGCAUCAGCGCGACCUUCUCGCCGAAUAUGUCGAAACGUUCAGCAAACACAACGCGGCAUUCUUCUACGACCAACUCUCUCUGAACCAACACGUACGAAACCCUGAGCAGGACAAAAAGUUCCGGCUAUGCAUGCAGAACAUGCACCUGCUCUACGCAAGUGAAGCGACGAAAGUCCUUCGUAUCGAGGGUUUCGCGAGUGAAGACCGUCGGGAGGCUCGUGAGAACGAUACAAUCCGUGUAUAUGACGACACACAAGACGAGGUGCACGCGAGGAAGAUUUCAGAGUUCCGGCACAACACUACACCUUACAACGAGCGAGGCUGGUGCGUGGCCGAAUGUCAAUGGUCAGCUUGUGGUAGUAAACCAUCUCAGCUCUUGCCUGUGCCUGUCGAUGAGCGAGGGAUACCCGAGGCCAAGACAGGCCUGGCACCGAUGCUUCCCGAAGAGUUCGAAGACCUGGUCAAGAAGGAUCAGCUGAAGUUCACUCACACGGAUGAUCUUGAAUCUGUCGUGAGGCUGCAGCGGGAGGUCUUCGAGGAGAUGGCCAAGAAUUGUCAAAGCUUGACAAAAGCCAAACUGCCAAUUAAGCAAAUGCGCUUUUUGGCAGAAUCCCUGCCCAAGUUCGAUCAAUUGCACGAGCUCACUUUGAUCAACUGCGACUUGGACGUAAAGAUUAUGGGAGAUUUGGUGCACGGUUUGGGCGGCGUUGUGGAGUUGGUCUUCCACCGCUGCACGUUUACCAGCGAAAUCAUCAAGACUGCAAUGCACGGCAUCGACAGAUCCAAGCUGAAUGUCUUGGAUUUGAGUGAUAACUGCCUCACAGAUGCUGAGGCAAAUAUCCUCGAAGAGGCCUUCAGGGGAAGGCUUCCAGCAAGCCUGGAGACAGUCGACUUGCGUUACAACGACAUCAGUUCUGACUCUGUGCAGCGGCUGCACCGGGCGUUGGAUGCCAGAGUGGGACUGAAAGCCGACUACAGCCGACUCGAAGUCGACCUCGAAUAG